GGGGAUAGUCUUAGGGUUUUGGGAAGUAGACAUAGACAGGAACAGGAACUCUGCAACAGAAAGUGACACAAGAUAGUAUAAUGGAGAAAUAGCACCAUUGUUUUCUAUUGAAGUCAAUCGCAUGGACAACUGUAUUCUAAGGAUUGAUGUUCCCAACCAUGAGAGUGACUGUCCAAUUUAAAAAAAAAAUAGGAAGAUGAUUUAAUGGUCAUGCUGUUGGCUGCCAAUCCUAAGACAGCAAUUCAAUUCCCAACACAUACAAGGUGUGUGAUUUCCAUGUAUAUGCUGUGUAUGCAUUCACCUAUACACAAAUGCACAUGAGUGCACACAUAUAUAAACAUUCACCUUCCUCACACAUACAAACAAUACUAAAAUCUUGUACUAAAUGUUUCAUUAGCUUCAUAUUUCAGCAUUUUUCAGUGUACUCCUGGAUUGGAAUAUCCCUGGCACAUGCAUUCUCCAACUCAUCCAAAGUCUCCCUUUUAACCUGCUGGCUGAUUCCCACUACUUCCCAGCUCACCAUCAAAUCAGUGCCUCCCAUUGCUGUUGAAGGGGAAAACGUUCUUCUGUUUGUGCAUAACCUGCCGAAGAAUGUUAAAGUCUUUUCCUGGUUCACAGGAGCUAGAGUGCUCAAGAGUUGUGAAAUUGCAACUCAUGUGAUAGCUAUCAAUGCUACUGUGAUCGGACUUUCACAUAGUGGUAGAGAGACAGUGUUCAAAAAUGGAUCUCUGCUGAUCAAGAGUGUCACCAGUAAAGACUCAGGAUACUACACUCUACGGAUACUUGAUGCAAACUCAAGACCUAAAAUAAUACGUACAGAAUUCUUUGUACACAGCCCACUUUUAGGUUACAAGAAGCAUCUCACCCCUUCUCAACUCAAAAUUGCGUUGGUGCCACCUAGGGUUGAAGAAAACAUCAAUGUUAUUUUGUGGGUCUUUCAGAUGCCAAAGAAGCUUCAAGCCUUUGCUUGGCACAAAGGAGUACUUCCACUUGACCAUUUGAAGAUAGCAAGCCAUUCAUUCCUAACCAAUUCAACCAUGCUGGGGCAUGCAUAUUAUGACAGAUUGACAGUACGCAACGAUGGGUCCUUGCUUCUCUUGAAUGUCACAAAGAAUGACACAGGGCUUUACACCCUACGAACCAUAUCUGUUGAUUUGAAAUUAGAAUGGGCCAUUAUUGAAGUCCAAGUAAACAGUAAAUGAUUCUUUGUGACUCCUG